ACUUCACGCAGCAAAAUUACAAAACGAAGGAACCAAACUCAAGCACUCAAACUCCAGAGGCUGAGAGAGAGAAGCGAACAGAGAGAUAGAGAGAGGGAAGCUUUGUUUGUUGGUUUUUCUGAGGUGGGGUUGUGGAAAUGGCUUCCAAGUUGUGUGACUCGUGCAAAUCAGCGACGGCCACUGUGUUCUGCCGGGCUGACUCGGCGUUUCUCUGCUCCAACUGCGACUCCAAAAUCCACGCCGCCAACAAGCUGGCGUCGCGUCACUCUCGGGUCUUGGUGUGCGAGGUGUGCGAGCAAGCGCCGGCUCACGUGACCUGCAAGGCUGAUGCGGCGGCUCUCUGCGUCACAUGCGACCGAGAUAUCCACUCUGCGAACCCGCUCGCGCGCAGGCACGAGCGGGUCCCGGUGACCCCUUUCUGCGACUCUGUUAACUCGGUACCAGCCGUCAAGCCUAACGGAGUUGUUAACUUCCUGGACGAGCGUUACUUCUCGGACGUGGACGGAGACGCGGACGUCAGCAGGGAGGAAGCGGAGGCGGCCUCGUGGCUGCUUCCCAACCCUAACCAUAAAGCUGUGGAGAGCCCGGACGUGAACACCGGCCAGUACGUGUUCUCGGAGAUGGACCCGUAUCUGGAUCUUGAUUACGGGCAUGUGGAUCCGAAAAUGGAAGCACAAGAGCAAAACAGCUCUGGGACCGAUGGAGUCGUUCCUGUCCAAAGCAAGAGCGUCCAAGCUCCGAUGGUUAACGAUCACUGCUUCGACUUGGACUUCACCGGAUCCAAACCCUUCGCUUAUGGCUACAACGCUCACUGUCACAGCCACAGCGUAUCAUCGUCGUCGUUGGAUGUAGGGGUGGUGCCAGAUGGUAGUGCGAUAACGGAUAUAUCAAACCCGUACGGGAGAGGAGCGGAGUCAACUCAUCAGACGGUGCAGCUUUCAUCAGCCGACAGAGAAGCCAGGGUGCUGAGGUACAGGGAGAAGAGAAAGAACAGAAAGUUCGAGAAGACGAUCCGCUACGCCUCCAGGAAAGCUUACGCUGAGAUGCGGCCUAGGAUCAAAGGAAGGUUCGCCAAGCGCACUGACAUCGAAGUCGAAGCCGACCGCCGGAACAUGUAUGGAUUCGGAGUCGUACCCUCGUUUUAAACAAUCAGUUUAACCCCCCUCCGCCCACCUCUCCCCUUCUGCUGUAGUAAUAUUAUUUUUAUUGUUAAAUUUUGGGUUUUUAAUUAUCAAGUCUUUCACUUUGGUCAUCUCUCUCUCUUUCUCUCCUUCUGUCCUGAGGUUUUAUCAGGAGAAGGAUUUUGGCUGUUUAUGUGUUGUUUCCUGUAUAUGAGUAGGUGAAGAAGGUGUUGUAAUCUUGUAAUCCUAUCAACAAUGGAAUAUGGACCAUUGAUUUUGUACAGGUUUUUAUUUAUGUAGUAAUCACCUGUCUAUCUUUUGCUUC